AGUGCGGAACAAGAAGCUGUACCUGGCCACGUUCGCUGCUGUCCUGGGGCCGCUUAGCUUUGGCUUCGUGCUAGGCUAUAGCUCACCCGUUAUCCCAGAGUUGAGGCAAAUCAACGAUCCGAAGUUAAGAUUGGACAGCAGUCAAGCCUCGUGGUUUGGGUCAGUAGUAACAUUAGGAGCUGCUGCUGGAGGAAUACUAGGAGGCUAUCUUGUGGAUAAAGUUGGGAGAAAGCUGAGUCUAAUGCUGUGCUCAAUACCAUAUGUUUUUGGAUAUGUAGUUAUUAUAUCUGCCCAGAAUGUUUGGAUGCUUUAUCUUGGACGAAUUAUGACAGGCUUAGCCAGUGGAAUUACUUCACUCGUUGUUCCAGUCUAUAUAUCCGAAGUAUCUCAUCCUAAAGUCCGUGGUAUGCUUGGCUCUUGUGUUCAGUUGAUGGUGGUGACUGGCAUAUUGGGAGCCUAUAUUGCAGGAAUAAUACUAAAAUGGCGCUGGCUGGCAGUGUUGUGUUCUAUUCCAUGCUGCGCAAUGCUAUUGUUCAUGUCCUUCAUGCCUGAAACACCAAGAUUUCUGCUGAAUCAGAACAAACGUUCAGAAGCCAUAGCUUCUUUGCGCUUUCUGCGGGGACCACAUGCGGACCAUGAAUGGGAAUGUAGGCAGAUUGAAGCUAGCGUUCAGGAGGAGGGACUGAAUCUCUAUGAAUUUAAGAACCCCUCAAUCUACAGGCCACUUCUUAUUGCUGUGACUCUAAUGUUCUUCCAGCAAGUAACAGGCAUUAACGCAGUUAUGUUUUAUGCAGAAACUAUCUUUGAAGAUGCAAACUUCAAGGACAGCAGAAUGGCUUCUGUUGUUGUGGGUUCCAUACAAGUAUGUUUCACUGCUGUGGCUGCACUUAUCAUAGAUAAAACUGGACGAAAAGUGCUGUUUUACAUAUCUGGGAUAAUCAUGGCUCUCAGUACUGCAUUGUUUGGGCUUUACUUUAAAAUGGUCCUUCCACAUCAAAACAACUCAUCAAAUCCUGACGUAUGGUUCACUCUAAAUUCAGCAUCCCUGGGAACAGAAAGCGGCAUAUCCUGGCUUGCAGUAGUGAGCCUAGGGCUCUUUGUUGCUGGUUUUGCCCUUGGCUGGGGUCCUGUUCCAUGGCUGGUGGUAUCUGAAAUCUUCCCACUUAAAGCUAGAGGCAUAUCAAGUGGUGCUUGUGUGUUAACAAACUGGGUUAUGGCCUUCUUGGUAACCAAAGAAUUUAAUGAUUUUAUAGGUUUCUUAACAUCCUAUGGCACGUUCUGGCUCUUCUCUGCCUUCUGCUGCCUCAGUGUAAUUUUUACAGCCUUUUAUGUUCCUGAAACAAAAGGACAGACCUUGGAACAAAUUGAGGCCUACUUCAGAAGAUGAUAAACUGAAAGUUUUUUAUACUGAUAUGAAACCUUCAUAUCAUGAAGUAUG